AUGCAAGGGCUACCGGCUAGAGGACGGAACCGGCCAAAGAAGUUAGUCCGCCAUCGCCAACACCAUCCUGACAACACUUACGUUGGGACGCUUACCGGAAGAAGUCGUGAACUGGCAGACAAUCUCAGAAAACGCGGUGUUGACUUAUGCUGUGUACAGGAGACUCGCUGGAAAGACUCCAAGUCAAGGGAAUUAGGCGAUGGCUACAAGCGCAUCUACCACGGCACAUCAAAUCGUAAUGGUGUUGGUAUCAUACUGAACGAAAUGUUUAGAAACAGCGUCACAACGGUGGAUCGACUAUCGGACCGCCUGAUGGCUGUAAAAGUAGGAUGUAGUGAAGAAGAGAAGGCGUGCUUUUGGGAAGAUCUGGAGCAGUACGUCCUACCUCUGGAAGGUGAAGAAGUACUUCCAAUUGGAGGAGACUUCAACGGACAUGUCGGUUCUCGGAAAGACGAGUUCGAGAGUUGUCAUGGAGGAUAUUGCUAUGGAGCUCGUAACGAGGACGGGUUGCGAAUCUUGGAGUAUACUGUUGUAAGCGACUUGAUCACUGCUAACACGCAGUAA